GGGCACCCAAAAUAACUUCUGGAAAUGUGUGCCUAUGGAUCCGUUCUGGGGUAGUUCGGCAGCUAGAUGGUUGCAAAUACAGCAGCAAAAUUGGAGACUGACUAAAAAUCCACCGCUCGCUCUUUUUAAACGAAUGCGUGACUAGCUCCAGGCAUUGGUAAUGAGCGAGAGCCUCUUGCAUCUGAGUUACCAGUUCAAAUCCAGCCCAUGACUGUAGUGACUAAAAGUUGUUUCCUAUCUGAGGACACUUGGACCUGUGUGAAGUGAGUUGGUCUUGUAGCCAACGUCACCAUGUUCAGCAAGAAGAAGAAACGCGUUGAGAUCUCUGCUCCCUCAAACUUCGAGCACCGGGUCCACACUGGGUAUGACCAACAAGAGCAGAAGUUCACCGGGCUGCCGAGGCAAUGGCAGGGCAUCAUCGAGGAGUCGGCAAAGCGACCCAAGCCACUGGUGGAUCCCGUGUACAUCACGGCUAUUCAGCACGGCUCGCAGAAGACCAUCGUGCGGGGCAACAAAACCGCCAAGGACGGCUCCCUGACCUGGCUGCUGGAUGAGUUUGAGAACAUGUCGGUGUCCCGCUCCAACUCGCUGCGCCGGGACAGCCCCCCCCUCCAGCCCCGCCGCGACCAGCUCUUCCACCAGAACGGCCUCAACGAGGGGCCGGCCAAAGCCCAGCCCCUCGAGGACAGGAAUAAGGACCACAAAGAGAGGGCUCACCACCAGGCCAGGAACGAGCUGGAUCGGGACAGGGAAAGGAACCGGGACAGGGAGGAGAACCGGGCCCACCCACAGCAGCCCCGAGGGCAGGAGCCCAGCGGCAAAUCCACCAAGCACCCUGGCGGCAGGCCGCCCCCUCCUGAGUAUCACAAGCCCUCUAAGGAGGGCAGGCCCAGAGCCCAUGACCGGGAUGGGAGGCGGGACUACCCGGCGGAGCGGGACUACAGCGAGCCGGCCGACCGCGUGGUCAGGCGGGAUCGCAAUGACGCCUCCGACAAGAGACCCAAGUCCACGUACACCGGGGAGAAAAGCCCGCAAUCCCCGCGGGACAAGCGCCCGCUCUCCGGGCCCAAUAUCCGGACUCCAAACAUCCCCGUCUCCGAAGGGGUGAUGAAGACCGCUCAGCAGACCGGCCGGCCUUUUAAUACGUAUCCACGAGCUGAGACUGACCCUGUCAGGGGCACAGGUUCUCAGGCAGAGCCCAGGUCUGCGAGGCCCCAGGAAAUGGCGUCCAAUGGGCCAGUAAGCGGGAGCAGUAGCUCCUCCAAGGUCCACCAGCCAGGCCAGCCGAGGUCCAAAAACCCAGAGCCGCCCCAUCCGGGAAUCUCCCCGCACGCAUCAGAGCCCCUCUUAACUCGCAUCCCCCAGUCAAACCCCCAGCCGUCUUAUUCCCAGCCGCUGCCGCCGCCUCCUCCCCCCACGGCCUCCCAGCAGCCCCGCUCCCCGCAGCGCGAGCCCCAACGGGUCUCCCACGAACAGUUCCGAGCUGCCCUGCAGAUGGUGGUCGACCCGGGCGACCCCCGGACCUACCUGGACAACUUCAUUAAAAUCGGCGAAGGCUCCACGGGUAUCGUCUGCAUCGCCACGGUCAAGAGCACGGGGAAGCUGGUGGCCGUGAAGAAAAUGGACCUGCGGAAGCAGCAAAGACGCGAACUGCUGUUUAAUGAGGUGGUGAUUAUGAGGGACUACCAGCACGAGAACGUGGUGGAGAUGUACAACAGCUACCUGGUGGGGGACGAGCUGUGGGUGGUGAUGGAGUUCCUAGAAGGCGGAGCUCUGACGGAUAUCGUAACGCACACCAGGAUGAAUGAAGAGCAGAUCGCCGCCGUCUGCCUGGCUGUCCUGAAAGCACUUUCUGUCCUCCACGCCCAGGGGGUCAUCCACCGAGACAUCAAGAGCGACUCCAUCCUGCUCACCCACGAUGGCAAGGUGAAGCUCUCUGAUUUUGGGUUUUGCGCGCAAGUGAACAAAGAGGUCCCGCGGCGGAAGUCGCUGGUGGGAACCCCCUACUGGAUGGCGCCAGAGCUCAUCUCCCGACUACCUUAUGGACCAGAGGUGGAUAUCUGGUCCCUCGGCGUGAUGGUGAUUGAAAUGGUGGAUGGAGAGCCCCCUUAUUUCAAUGAGCCCCCCUUAAAGGCAAUGAAGAUGAUCCGGGACAACCUGCCCCCGAAACUUAAAAAUGUGCACAAGGUUUCUCCUUCCCUGAAAGGAUUCCUGGACCGCUUGCUGGUGAGAGAUCCGGUCCAGCGGGCCUCCGCCAGCGAACUCUUGAAACACCCCUUCUUGGCGAAGGCCGGGCCUCCUUCCAGCAUCGUGCCGCUCAUGCGGCAGAACCGGAUGAGAUGAGAGCGCCGGCUGCACCGGAGAGAGAGAGAGAGAGACGCGUGCGCCGUCUAACCGCUCCCCACGCGGCCGGCCACGUCCCUGCCUCGUCCCCUGGCCCUCCGUUCUCCAGGGCGCCGCUGCCGUUCCCUUCGGCCGCCGCGGCAGGGACGGUGGGUCCCGACAGCCAGAGCAGCGGCAGGAGCGUCCGGCUCUCUCGGUCCCUCCGGGGUCCCGGCGGGGCCAGCGGUUCCGCUAACUGGAUUUACAACUGUGCCACUACUGUUGUGACUGUGGCAGGAGCUCUCCUGCCCGUCGCACCAUGCUGCUGAGUGGAGGGGGGUGGGGGGGCCAGCUAGGCGGGGUGGGGGUAGGUUUUUUUAAGGACUUUAAAAUUUCUGAUCAAAACGGUAGUUUUUACACACACACAGACAAGGCGGGGCCGGGAGCGACAGACACUAAGCAACUCAACACUGGAACUGGUAGCUUCGGGGUCUCCACCACACCGUCCCUCGCAGGAGACUAGAGGCUGCUGCUGCAGGGUCUCGAUGCUGCCCCCGCGCCCCCCUCCCCGCUCGUUCUGCGUCGAGGUCUAGACGCGUGUUCCUGCUCAGUCCCUGGGAUUGGGGAGCAGGGACCCGGCCCCCCAGCCUCUUUGCUUCACAGGUUCUUUUCCAGCCGAGUAGCCCAAAGUGCAUGGCUCACCCGUCCCCCGGGGCCUCCAAAACGCAAUCCACUCUGGCCCCCUGAGUCUAGACUGGUGGGGAGAGACUCUGAUAUCCCAGCAUGCAAUGCCCCUCCUUGAUCUGUGCAGCCUUGCAUGCUGGGAUACCUGGCGUCUCUGCAGUGUGGGGGAGGGAGGUUCCCAAUGCUCCCGGCCUCUUGCCCUCUGUUUUGGGCAGCCUGUGGGGUCAGAGAAACGAAGGCCUCAGCGGCCUACGGGGACCAGAGGGCGUUGUAGCUCUCUGGUGUAGUCUGGGCUUGGGGCUUGCUGGCUCAUCCGGGAGAGAUCCUGCCCGAGGGGGCUCCCCGUCCCUGGCAGGAUCUUCCCCCUCAGCACGGCCCCUGCGUCCAGCUCAGCGCAGGGAGGAAGUGACAGGGUCUGGGCAUUGGUGUGGGAAGGGAGCUCGGAGCUCAGCAUUGGUUGGGGGCUGGCCUGAGCUGUGAUCUCCAACACCAGCCAGGAAAGAGGGGCGGCUUCCCCACCCCUUAGAGAGACUUUUCGGUCCGAGGCUGGCAGGCCAGCAGCCCGCUCUGGGGCAGUGCCAUGACGUGGCUCCGAAAGAAGAAUCGCCCCGAACGUGGGCUAGAGUGUUGUUGCUUCUACUUUCCAUUCUGCCAGGGGUGCCACGGGGGGGGGCUGCUCGGGGAGGGUCCCGCGUGCGGAAACUGAGCCAUUUUGAGGAGGAUUUCCCCCCCGCGACAUGCAAUGAACAUGCAUGAUUCCUCUGCAUGCUUUCUGGGGAGUGGGAGGGGCCCAGGGAUGGUCUUCCUUUACGUGCUUUUAGAUACUUCAGUUAGAACAACUGGUUCGCUGCCCUUUUUUCUUGUCUCCGGGAGCCCCUUAAUGCAGCAGGAGUGGGCUGGUUACAGGCACAAGGGGAUUGUUUGCGGUUAUUUUACCUGGUUUCCCUGGCCCCUGGUUUCUUCUCUGCAGAACUGCCCAUCAGUCAUGCUUCUCGCUGCAAGAGAGAACUACAGGGCAACCUGCCUCUAGAGACUGAUGGGGGAAGUGGGGGGAACGCCGGUCCAAUCGGGUAUUUUUAGUUGCUGGGCCUAACCCUGCCAUGGAUGGAAAGUGGGAAUUGGCUCCCCUGAACUCAGAGGGGAGAGCGGAAGUUGGUCCACGUGGGAGCCAGCCACGGAAGUGGUGGAAGUCGGCUAAUGCGUGAGAUCUUCCAGAGCGCUCCGUGCCGGCCUAGCUCCACUCUUACUGAACCAGUGUCUUCCUGGGGUUUUUAGGGAGAGGAGGUUUGACUAGUGCUGCUCGGUCGGCCGCAGCCGUGACCCGUUCUGGCUGCCUGGGGCGACUCGGAAGCUGUCUGGUUCAUGCUCUUUCCCCAUUGGGCUUUAGCCUUCGUGUUUUGAAACCUAUAAACUAGUUCACUAAAAAACCCUGGCUGUGCCCGGCAGCGUGCCCAGGAUGUGGAUUCACACCCACCCACAACUGACCACGAGGCAAAGCUCUCCGGCCCCCGAACCCGGAGCUCCACCCAGACGGAUUUACGGUGUGGGGGUGGGUCUUGUUCGAUACAGCCCCUCGGGCACCGCGCUGUACCUCGGCUCUCCCUUCUCAUCCCGGGCCCUUCGCCCAACUCCUGCUUGGGCUCCUGGGGGUUUUCUCAGCUUUGACACGUUGACGUUUAAACUCCUGCCGCUUCUCAGCCUGCUUGAAUUGUGGCGAAGCCCGGGGGUGUGAGCCAGUCCCGUGCUGUACAGGACACACAGCCUUGCCACUUCUCCCGCCCCCGGUCUGCUCUGACUUACUUCCCGCCCCCCCCCCCCCCCGCGUAAUCCACUCCCCUGAUCUCCCCACACGGGAAGGUUUAACCGACGUUUAUUUUCGUUGGGGUUUUCAGAUCAAUGACCCAGACCUUUGCCUGUCUCUCUUGCUUCACCCGGUCAUGAUGUGUUACUGGGUGCUCAGACCCCUAACCUCUCACGGAGCUUCCCGGGGAGCGUGGGAGCUGGGGGGGGGACGGACUCAGAGACUGGAGCAGAAGGGCGUUGUGGGGCACACUCAACGUCCCUCUGGGCUGGCUCAGCAUCUGGGGUCUCCUUUAAGCCAAUGGGACCCGGGGUGUGUGGUCGAGCGUUCCUGGGGGCACGAGGACUGGGGGGAGGGGUUGUCCUUCCACUGGUGCUGGCGUUCGUCCAACUCCCCUCCUGGUUAAAUCAGCCUCACGCGCGUGGGGCCUGCUCCCCAGCAGCUGUCGACCCAUUGCGGGCCCCCAGUUUAUAUCAGCUGAGCAUCCACUCCGUUCGCUCGCUCCUUCUCCGGGUGCCCCCUGCCACCAGCGCUGGGCUCCGGCCGAAGAACUACUGCCCCUUUUCUGAAUCAGUCCCUCCCGCAGCGCCUGCUGCUGUGGGGAAAACCCCAGCGGCAGUUUGCUCACUGAAUGACCGGGCAGUCCUGCUUCCCCACGCUACGGCAGUGCACGCCACCGGCGGACUUGUGACAAUCAGCACCGGCUGUUACGCACCCCUGUAAGACACUAGCGCCCCCCUGC